AUGCAAUUUGGAAGUCUCACCCAAGCCCCGCGCCGCCUUGCCAGCUUUUUUUUUCUCCUCCCUCUUUCCAGGCAAGCAAGUUCGGAGUGGAAAGUCAAGGACCCAUACAGCCACCUCAAGAAACUCAGUUCGAUCAGCUCAAAUUCACGUUCGAUUUCCUCUCUCAAGAUGUUGGUUUUAUUCGAAUCCUCGGUCGGGUUCUGUCUCUUCAAAGUUGCUGAUAACGGAAGCCUACUCACGGACGGGAACUUGUACAAGAAAUUUGAUUCCCCAGCUAGUGCAUCCAACCUUGUUAAACUACAAAGUAUUCACCGCUUCAAGAGUACUGCCGAUGCUGUCGAAGACUUGAGCGCAAUUGGGGAUGGUAAACUAUCCAAAAAUUUGAAGAAGUUCUUGAUUGAUGAAAUCUCGGGUGGUGUUGAGGGUAAGAAGAGCAAGGAGACUUUGGCCGUCGUGGAUCCCAAACUAGGCGGAGCAAUCACCAAGAAACUGGGAUUUAACGUCCUCUCCGACUCGACCACUACCGACCUCUUUCGUGGAAUUCGUUCUCAGCUAGCUCCGUUGUUGGGCGAUUACAAUGUUGAUGAAAGUGACCUCAACACCAUGAAUCUAGGUCUCAGUCACUCAUUGAGUCGAUUCAAACUGAAAUAUUCUACCGACAAGGUCGAUACCAUGAUCGUUCAAGCCAUUGCAUUACUUGAUGAUCUUGACAAGGAAGUCAACAUUUAUGCCAUGAGGGUUAAGGAAUGGUAUGGAUGGCAUUUCCCCGAGAUGGCCAAAAUCAUCUCCGACAACUUGGCAUACGCUAAAAUCGUUAAGACAAUGGGUCUUCGAACAAACUACUCCAAAACGGACUUCUCUGAGAUUUUACCCGAGGAGCUAGAAGGCACUCUCAAGGCUUCCGCGGCGAUCUCGAUGGGCACAGAGAUUUCAGACUCCGACUUACUACACAUCCAAUCCUUGGCCACCCAAGUGAUCUCAUUGAUGCAAUACCGGACCGAGCUAUUCGAGUACCUCCGAAACCGAAUGACGGCCAUUGCACCUAAUCUGACGGCUAUCCUGGGCGAAUUAGUCGGCGCAAGGUUGAUCGCACACAGUGGGAGUCUUAUCAAUCUGGCCAAGGCACCCGCUUCGACUAUCCAAAUCCUCGGCGCCGAGAAGGCAUUGUUUAGGGCCUUAAAAACCAAACAUGAUACCCCUAAGUACGGGUUGAUCUUCCAUUCCAGCUUGGUCGGUAGUGCACCGGGCAAGUUGAAAGGAAAGAUGGCCCGUAUGACGGCAGCUAAAGCGGCACUGUCUAUUCGACACGAUGCGCUAGCCGAUGCAGAUACGAAAUCGACGGAAGAGGCUCCGUUAAUUGGAAUGGAAGCACGGAUCAAAUUGGAAUCGCGACUCCGAAGAUUGGAGCAAUCUAUCGGAAUCCAGUCUAAUCGAAAAUCGGGUGUCUCUCAGGAUCACCAAAAGCCCUUCUUCAAACGUCCUGACCCUGGAUCAUACAACCCUGCCGCCGAUAGUCUCAUGAUCCCCGCCGCUAACAAUCCUGCCCCUUCGACAACCGGCGAAGGCCAAAGUAAGAAACCUCUGAUCGAGGAAAUCAAAUCUCAAACGAACGAUGAUGAAGAAGCGGAGGCCAAACGGAAACGAAAGGAAGAAAAGAAAGCCAAGAAAGCUGCCCGGGCCUCUUUACCAGGGACCACUUCAGCCCCGUCAACAGAGCCUUCUGUUCCUCCCCAACCCACAUCCUCCUCUUCUAAGGACAAGAAACGCAAACAUCACGAUGACGACGACGACGACGAGGCGGGUGAUAAGAGCGCUACUCAGAACGAUGGCGCUGCCAAAGAGAAAUCUUCCAAGUCGAGCAAGAAAAGUAAACGGAAAUCCGCAGUCGUUUAG